AAAAAAAACAGCUAUUAGCAAAACCGAAUGCAGCCAUUUCACAGCUUCACUUCCUGUCAAGUGAAGUGACGGUUCCGUAUUCAUCACUAUAUACUUCAGUUCAACAAAUGCUUCAGAGGAUGCCUGAGUUCUCAAAGGACACCAUGAGGAUUACUCUUUAUACACUUGUCUUCCUCUUCUCUCUACCAUGGAGUCUAAACGGCCAUUUAACAACCAGCCUUAAGAAUAUUGAGGUAACAAACACAGCAGAAAAUGCAUCAAGGCAGAGGGACUACACGAUUGAUUCUGGAACAAAAAACGUGGUUUCACUUUCAAGAAGCGUUCAGAUGCAACACAUUACAAGUCACCCAGAGCAGCAAGGUAUCAGGCUGAGGACAACAAAUGGUGAAGACAAGACAUCAAGGACAAAGAGGAAUGUACUUUAUGACACACACAACUUGACUACUGCGUCAACACAACUUGACGAGGCAAUUCUACAAAAGGAACUACUAAAACCAACAGAAAGUUCCCGCAGACCACAUACUAAAUAUCUUUCGCAAACAGAGAAUGCUACACAAUUUAAUGUCUCUACUAAACCACCCAAUGCCACAAGGGCAGAUGUUUCACCAAAAGAAAAGACAAGCAGUGGUCUUUCUGAGACACAGAAUAGCACACAGGAAACACCUUCUACUUCUCAUUUCUCUGGACUCUAUGAUGUGCAAGCAAAUAAAAAAGUAACGGAAAGCGUCAAAAACAAUACAAAUAAAGAUCUUCAAACAGUCCAGCCCCCAGUGAAAACUACAUACCAACCAAGCCCAGUGACUCAUCCCCACACUUCUGCAAUAACAACUGUGUCAGAUUUCAAUGGGACAGUAAGCACCAGUGGUGUAAAAACCACAGAGAGGAAAGUCACAGACAAGUGGACAAGUAAUCAAAAACCUGAGCCUGAGACUUCAUCUGUGACUAAGCCUACAAAGAUGUUGACCACCACUAAAAAGACCACCACAAAGCGAAGUCCACCUCCAUCAAAAGACAACCAGCAAGCGAACCCAGGUCCUGCUGUAGCAGCCGUGAUUGGCACCACGUUUGUUUUGAUGUUCAUAGCGAUAAUCUUUAUCUUGAUAAGGAAACGUAAAAUACAACAAAGGCAGCUUGAAAAUCCUGAGUGGGCCGGACCAUCACCAUUUCUGGAUGGCGAUGUUCAACCGAACUUGCCAAAUGUGGAUGAAUCUGACACCAUCAAUAGACAAGGCUUCAACCAGAUGUCUGUUUCCAGAUACAUCUCUCAACGGCUCUCAAAACACCUGACAUUGGGGAGGAACACAAGUGAGGAAGUUCUCAUGGGGGACAUCCUGCAAGGAAGCACGUUCGGCAGGAAAAAUCCGGAUGAGGUCCAAGCCCCCAAUGGGAAACCGACAACUACUCAAGGCUCAACUGAGAGAAAAGAUAACAAAAUCCAGGAAGUUCAAGCAUCUGUGGACUCUUCUGACUCCAAAACACCUGUGCCAGGAAGUGCACAAGAACCUGUGAUGGAGAACAAAGAAUACAAGCAGACUGAUGACCUCACUCCAUCUUUGUCUUCUGGACCGCAUACUGUAAUUAAACUUCCUCCACCUUUAGUGUCUAUAGAUCUUGAUUCCCUUUCAGAAGAUGCAGCUCCUUUGCAAACAUCAGAUGUUGGGACUGUUCCACCUGCUCCACCUCUGCCCUAAUCUCAUGAGACAUCUAAAAACCACUAAAAAAGACAAACACCACACUCAUAUUUGCUUUCUAAAAGUCAAACAAAUUAUGUAAACACAACUGCAUGCAACCUUGACUCAUCGAAACAUUUAAAAAAAGGACACAUUAAAGAGGUUGUGUGUUUUUGUCAUUAGCCAAUAGGCUUUAAUUAUUAUGUUAAUCCUGAUUUGCUCCUUGCCAAACAGUGGCAGCUCGAUCUUGAGAGAAUCUGAUUGGACAAAAAGCUGUGCAGUCCAGAAUGAAUCAUUCAUAUUCUUGGUCGGGGUGUGCAAUCCUGCUCCUG